UGUUUUGUGGCUGCGCUUUUGCUGCUUGUUCUUGUUCGUUGUCGUCGUCGUCGUCCGCUCGCAAGUCGCGCAGGGGGACGGAAAAAGUGAAACAAAAAAGGGAUUAAGAAUUUUUCCACCGCCGAAAAACUUCCCGUCAUCCUUCCUUCCGUGGGAGCAAAACUAGGACGGUACGGUGCUAGUUCCGGUGCGUGGAUUUCUGUGGUUCCGUUCGUUCGACACCGUGCGUUUUGCGGCGAUCUGCGGCUGCCCGUCUUCUCCGGUUUUUGAGCACCAAGAUUAGCUCGUUUGUCUUGUGUUGAAUGUGCGGGUAAAAAUCUACGCGGACAAUGACCACAUACGCUACUGAUAGCCAAGGGAAGUUCAUCCCGUCAACGCAGCGUCCGGAUGGAACCUGGCGCAAACCGAGACGGGUACGGGACGGUUACGUUCCCCAAGAAGAAGUUCCCUUGUACGAGAGCAAAGGCAAAUUGUUCGCCCAAAAGCCUCUGCUUCCGCCGGGGAUGUCGCCGGAAAUGGCUCAAAAGUCCCGCGAGAAACGCGAACGGGAACAACGAAUCAAGCAGCAGCGAGAGGCGGACGCCAACCGGAGACCACCGCAGAAUCCCGUGCCGGGAUUGCUCAUUCUAAACGGGGAUAGCAAGAUUAACCAACCGCAGCAGCGAGCGGCCAAAUCGGCCAAGCCCAAGAAGAAAGCCGUCGAACUGCCGGAUGUGUUGCUGGAGCAGAAGCAGAAGGAAGAGCAGAAGCAAGUUCGCCAACAGCAGCAGCAGCAAAAAUCACAAAAGGAUCACAAAAAUACCAAGCCUCACCACCAGGAGCGCAUCGAGGAGGUGGCCAAGGCUAUGAAUGGACUUCAACUAACAAAUAACCACGUAGCCAGCGCCUCCGCCGCCGAUGCCCUACAGACUGAUCUCAGCAAAAAGCUACGCAAACUGCGCAAGAAGAUCCGCGAAAUCGAAAUCAUCGAGGAGCGAUUACGAUCGACCGAUGGCGGCCCCCGUCCGGACAAGGACCAAAUCGACAAGGCCAAACGGAAGCCGGAGAUUUUGAAGGAAAUCGAAGAGCUGGAAAAAGGCAUCGCGAAAUGAUGGCCCACUCCGAUGGGGACAGUAGCUUAGUUGUCGUCGUCGAUGUCGUUCUAGAAGUCCUGGAGAUCGCACUUGUCGAAUCUUCAACCAUUCUCGGUGGUGUACAAAACGCAAGCAAGAGUUGCAAACAAAUCUAAACCAGUCCAGCUUUCUUUGUGGAAGAGAGAGAGGGCGAGAGCUAGGGAACCGCAAUCUUUAGAAUCAAUAGUGUGAGAUAGUUUUAAGUUUUUUAGCUUUCUAUGUUUUUUUUCUGCCCCCCUCCGACUUGGAUUAAUUAGGAUCGCAUGUUGUUGUGCACGCUUGCUGCUUAUUAGACUUAGUUUUCGGUCGCUCAACUUCGAUGUUCCUUCCGCCGCGCUGGUAGGCUCAAUGUACUACAUACUCCUAUAUUUGCAGAUUAUUUUCUUCUAUGUUGAUUGUAUAUGCUUUUUUAGUAAAAACAAAGAUAUUUAUUUACAGUUAUCUUGGAAAACAGUUUACACCUAGCAAUCAAAUCAUUUAUCUAAAAUCGUUCUAUUUCGUGAAUUCACUUGUUUCACUCUACGUGCUGAAAUAAAUUUUAAAACAAUUAGGUAACGUUUACAAAACUUUUUAACAAGAAAAACGAAAUAUUUUCGGCGGCAUUGAAUGGCUUAGUGACUGGCCGUGUGGCUCACGGCGUCAAUUACGAUAAUAAUUACCGUAGGAAAGACUCCGUAGAUUCGUACCAUUUCCGUAGCACCUGAUCGGACACCGUCACAGUCAGGGAGCAGGUUCUGACACAUUUCCAGUAAUUUCGGUACUAAACAGAGUGUAGUUAGUAGCCUCAUCCUUUUUGGGUGGGAAACAUCCAGAACACUUGAAGAAACUAUACAUAAACCAUUUCCAGAGUAGAUUCUACGUAGAAUUUGGAAAAGAAAGUAGAUAAAACACGAAUAGCAAAACCGUGUCAGCAGGAUUGGAAAUGGAGCGUGCGGUCACCUUUUACCGAUGCAAAUUGUGACGAAUGAGAGUGAAACGCAAACAAAUAUGGGAAAACAUACAAAAGAACAGUGAAGCACCGAACCGCGUGAAGUUUGCAGCCGUUUUAGUCAGUGACCCCCUCAUAGACGGAUGGGAAGAAAGUUUUAAAAUGUUGACCGGCGGAGGAAGAGUAAUAACAUUUAAAUACCUAAACAUAAUUUACACCUAAGUGAUUUAACUAAGGCAGUAACAACAAUAAAUGUUUGAAAAGUA